UACCGAAAAUAAAAAUAGAAAAGGAAUAAAAACAUGUUUCGCUUGGGUAAUUGAUUCAAGUUUUUUGAUCGAACCAAAGGCUAAAAACAUCGACCGAACCCUCGUCUCGAAUCGCUUUCUAAACCAGAGCGGAGGCGUUUGCUCGUCGCACCGAUGGUUUGGGGUCUCUUUCCCGUCGAUCCACUUCCAGGUGAACUUGAAUAUUAUAUCUUCAGCAAAGGAACAUACAAAGUGGGCCGAAAAGGAUGUGAUAUAAUUACUAAUAAAGACAAAGGAGUGUCAAGGGUACAUGCAGAAAUUAUUGUAGAUGAAAUGGUUUGCAUGGAUCAUUUACAAAAGAGACUUUCACAUAAAUCCUCCAAAGUUCGGAUAAGAGACUGCUCCAAGUACGGGACCUUUAUUAACAAGAAUACGGAUUCUAAGGAAAAGGUUCAUGAAUUUUCCAAUAAAGAGACAACUCUGACCGAUGGGGACCUUGUCGCAUUUGGAACUGGAAACGCAAAAUACAGGUUUUCUUUUGUUUCUCUUGUAAUUUUUGCACCGUCCAAGUCUUUAGAGAUGAAUCAACUACAAGACAAGAUGUCGUCGAUUGGUGCCGGUGUUAGUCAAACAUGGACUUCAAAAUGCACGCAUAUGGUUAUUGAUGACUUCACCUCUAUGAAUGAUGACAUCAUUGACGCUAUAGUGGCUAAAAAACCCCUUGUCAGAUUUAGCUGGAUCGAGUUAAUUGCAGGAAAAACUAUUUGCACCGAAAUGCCAAGCUCCCUCUCGCAUGCACCAACUUUAACAUUCGAAGGGGUAUCUCUCAAAGUUGCUGACCAACAAUCUCGAGAACAUUGUUUGAAAGGAUACACUUUUCUGUUGGAAUCUAUACACGAGCAGUAUAAAUUUAAGGAAAAGUUGCAGUUGCUUUUGGAAGCGGGAGGUGCAAAAGUUGUUUAUGCUGAAACUCUGGAUCCAUGUGCCCACAAUUUAGAAGACAAUCUGGUGCGUGUGAUGCCAGCUGGAUUGACAAGAAGCACUAGAAUAUUGAAUAAAUUCAAUUCUCUGCCUAAGGUGAAUGAGACGGAUAUAAUCUCAGCAGUUUGUUCUGGACAUUUGGAUCCUUCAAUUAUGGCAUCAUCACCCGUGUUGGUCUCGUCUUCAUGUUCGACAGAUGAGACAGUGGUGGCAGAUUCUGAUGUAGAAUUGGAAACUGCUACGUCAGCUCACAAAUCUGUGGUGGUGAACUUAGUUGAGUCUGCUGAAGUUGAAUCCGAGAGAAAUAUAGCAAUCCACGAGACGGAAUCUUCCGGAAAAGAUUGCAAAGCGGAAGAUGUUCAUAUUUCAGAAUCCGCCGAGCACAACAGUUUUGGAGGGAAUACAGCUGCAUUCAAAACUAGCGAACACGAGAGCCAAGGAUUUUUACCUCUUAAUCGGAGUACUUUUAAACCUGUCAAGACUGAUAGUGUCAACAGCAUCACUUCAUCAGAUGACAGAAACGAAGUUACUGUGUCGAGAAAGGAUAAGGGCCAUUCAUCUGAAAGCGAGAAUAUUGAUGUUAUAUACAGCCAAGAUCUAAUUGUUCGAGCGCCCAGAUUACCACAAUCUGGCCGUUCUUCUUCAAUAAGUGGUGCAUGUGUAGACUUCAAACUUUUCAGGAAGACGAGUACUCCAUCGGGAAACAGCUUCAGCAAUCUUAUUCCGUUUUCAAAGUAUCCAUACGGAGAUUCUGAAUAUGGGAAUGAAGACGUUGCUGAGUCUGUGAAAGAGGAGAAAAAACGGAAACAGAUGGAAGCUAUUGCAGAUGACUUAUUUAACACUGAGAAGGGAAGAAAGCGUGCUGCAACUGGUCCUCUUCGUGGGCUUUUUACUCGUGCUUAGUUGAGAGGUAUGUCGUAUGCAGUGUGUAUACUAGUUAGUAAUAAAUCAAAGUAUAAUUCAUGUGCCAAACACCGUUGUUUCAUAUCUGGUCGUAAUUUGCAUUUGUCACUUGUGUUUUUGCUCAAUGCUAAAAAUAUUGUCCUUCUA